ACGAUGGCAACUCCUGGAAAAACCGUGCUCGUUGUGAGCAAAGACUUGUGGAGGCAGUGUCGACGGGUGCUCCUCACUUCCAUCGCAUCACCACCGUCAAACAACCCGCGAUGGCCUCAGCAUGGGUCACUCUGCCCUCCACAUGGGAUCGAGCCGAAGUUCAAGCCGGGAUCAGCGUGCUGAUCUCGGUCUUGACUACCCUGGGCAUGGCUGGGUUCCUUCAACUCUUUUGGCAGUCCAGCGUAUCGCAGAUUAAGCGGAGGGAGCGUGUCUUCCUGCCGACGUUGGUGAACAUUUCCACGGUCAGCGAUGUGCUGGAUGUCUCCUUCCUGUUUCGACGCAGCCUCUUCUCAUCACGGCACGCAAAUAUCCUGGGCCAAUGUGCGGUCGUGGUCGCGCUGACCCUCGUCUCGCUGCUCGGCGGCCCCAUCGCCAAAGUCUCCACCAGAAUCCACGACGUGGUGUAUCCCGCGAAUCUCACCGGAACACUGGCCGUCAGAGGCCUGGGAGGCGUGGAAUACGCGAACGUCGACAUCAACAUGACCAUGGCGCGACUGAACAGUGCUGGUUUCCCCUAUGAUCAACUCUUGGACUAUCUCCCAGACUUGAAUCACAACUGGACGUACAUCCCGGACGAAUGGAACUCCUCGUGGUCGAUGCAAUGCAAGCAAACCCCAAAGACUGUGCUCAAGGCUUACGCUACGAAUGAUUGUACCAGUUUCUGGACCAAUGUCCCUGCCUUUGAGACAGCCUUCCCCAACCCUCCCGACUCUUGGAGAGUAAGCUCUGUCGGCAACAACCUCGCAAAUGCAGACAGCACGUUAUCCUUUGACAUCCGGACCGCAUUUGGACUCUACUUUCCGGAUCCAGAUGCUCCAGUUUCCCCUUAUACGAACGUGUCGAUCGCCUCGAUCAUCUUCGAAAACGCCAUUGAAGCCCCCCAGAACAGCUCCUGCUACUUUGAACCCGGUCCGAUUGGCUCGCUAACCUUCACACGCGUCGACUGCCAUCUGGCGGUCGUACGGCCCAUUCCGGAUCAUAAGUACGGGGCUUACCCUGACAAUGGCCAGCCUGAGGACGUUCCUGAGUCGUACCAGGCCUACUAUUUCGCUGACUGGGUCAAACUGUGGUACUCCGGCGAGCCUCUCGAGCCAGUUCCGCCGUCCGAGCUGAUCAGGUUCUAUCAAGCCUACACGAUUACGAAAGAUGCCAUCUCCGGACAGGCGGUUCACAGAGUCUUCAGCACAUCCUUUUCCCGCGUCCAACUCUCGAUACCUUUCCUGGUGGUCGGACUCUUCUUCUUGUGCUGUGCUGUUGCUGCAAUCGUCCGCUCGAGCAUGUUUUGGUGGCGCCGUCGUGAAUUGAUGGGUGCCGCCCCAAAAUCAAAACUGGAUUGGAUGAUCCAUGCCAUGAUUUUAAACCAUGACAUGCAAAGCUCCUCGACAAUCGAGCUGGACCGCCGACAAGCCGCCACCGGCCUCUCCACCCAUUUAAACGAAAAGCUGGACAUCCAAAACCACCGAGCUGACUUCGAAUCGGCGCGCUUUGCUCAUCAUGGGCAUGGCCACGCCGACGAAGUCAUACCUGCCAGGAACCCGUUUGAAACAAAUAUGUCCAUUAGCACAUCCAGGUGCUCUACCGCCGAAGGACUCGAUCCAUGCGACUUCCAAAAGGAGCCGAGGGUCGUGGAGACAGCUAAUGCGGUAUAGCCAUUGGCAAACACUGUCAGUUAGUUGUUGGAUAAUUAGCCACUUGCUCUGGCAUAUCAUAUCACGCAUGUACUUGAUGAAAAAUACCCAUUGUUCCAAACCAUUCUUCAUAACAUCCCAUUUCCGCAAACCGGAGGACUUUUUUCUCGUUCCGGGCAUCUUAUGUUUUGGCGGCUGACGGAUG